AACGGGAUUUGGGUGCGUUCACUGUAGCCACAGAGCUAGAGAUGGGCAGGAUACUUUGAAGCUUGAUUGAGAGUGCUGUGUGUUCCAAAAAGACGACCUGAGAAGUGAAAGACUUUACAGAAGCUUGAUCUACAUGAGAAAGGAUUGGCCAACUCACUGUCACAAGAAAUGCCGGUGGCACGCGAGAAGGACCAACGAAGGACGACCUCGACAAGCUCUGAUGGGCCCUCCUCUGCCACACCCCCUACACAAUUCUUCCCUGGCGAGUGGGACCCAAAUGACCACAAUGGAGGGCGGGCACUAACUGAGGCAGUACAGCCGUGUUGUAGUCCCAAGUGCACGGUGUUGACGGAUAUUGAUCCGGCAAGUCCCGAACCAGAUUCUGUGAAGAUGAUCUGCAGCAACGAAAAGUGUUCCUUUAGUUCGUUCAUGCACGCUACGUGUUUUACCAACUUUGAAGAGCAAAUGUUGAGCUGUUUGCGAGGAAUGAGCCGAGCUCGAAACUGGACCGAAAAGCAACGGAGACAGAACCUGUGGACUAAGAAAGGCUACGAUCUCAUUUACAAAAUGUCUGCCUGUCGCUGUGUGAAGGGUGCCCUCAGACGUGACCUCAGCUUUACCGGAGUAGAGGACAAAACGAAGAGAAAGCGAAAAAAGUCUAAUAGCAGUGAGAAAGUGGGGAUCCCUGUUCGAUCUGUGAAUGGAAUAACUCGUUCUCGAUCACGAACCAGUGGAAGGAGCAAUAGCGAUUCUAUCUCCAGUGAGAAUGGUGCUGCCUACAUGCAACCGUUUGCUCAUCGUGGUGACUACCGUGUUUUUGAGAAGGUGCUACCACGUCAUCUGAUCAACUCGUACCACAUCAAGAUGGAGGACGAUGGAUAUGGUGCGGGGGACGAAACUAGAUCUUUUGUGCUCAGCAGUUUGGCAUUUCAUCACACCAGCCAGGUGAACUGUGUUCUCUGCGCUACCACGAUGUCUGUCUACGACCAGUUCCCUCUAAUUGAUGGCACUUUCUUCUUGUCUCCAAUCAAACCUGCCGGCUGCUCCCUAGAGGUCGAGGGAAAAGAGGACGAUUCUUCGUUUCUGUCUGCAGUGUGUCUCUGUUGCAUGGCCGGUGUUAACAGGGUCUGCUGUCGAUUCUGCUCUACGUUAUGGAAUGGAAACCUUCACCAACUUGGAACGAUGUACACGUACAACAUUCUCUCAUCUUUUCCGUGCUGUGGAGCAAGUGUGCAGUGCAAUCAUUGUCAGCAACAGCUGGUGGACCCUACGAAGAUUACGCUGAGCUUCUGUCAACUCUCCUCGCAAGUCAAGUGCUCUCAUUGUGGCUCUGUGGACUAUCACUACAUCAAGCCUCUCUCCCGGUUCAACAUAUCAAAGAGUCACUGAACUUUUUUCUUUAUCUCAGUUCUCGGUUGUACUUUUUGUAUGUAUGUGUAGAUUACCCCAUCCAUCCCCCGUGAUCCCUUGGUUUCAUUCUGUGUUGUAGUAGAUCUCAUCCUGUCAACCAUACCCAUCAUUGGAAAUGAAUAUAUACUGUUGAACCAUAA